AUGCAGUGCGACGACAUCACUUGGAAUAUUCUGCACAAAGGCCAAUGCUCUUAUAAGGCAUGGUCGAAACCGAAAAUGUUUUGUAGGAAUGAGAUGAAUUUGACGGGAAUGUGCAAUCGCGCGUCGUGUCCGCUGGCCAAUUCGCAAUACGCGACGGUUCGCGAAGAAAAUGGUGUAUGCUAUUUGUAUGCGAAAGUGAUUGAACGCAGUCAUUAUCCGCGACGACUCUGGGAGAAGACGAAAUUGUCGAAGGACAUGAAUAAGGCGCUUCAACAGAUUAGCGAUCAGCUCAUCCAUUGGAGUGAGUAUAUUCGGCACAAGUGCAAAGCGAGACUGAUUCGAAUCCAUCAAUAUCUCAUUCGAAUGCGGAAGAUGGCGGUUCGCGGAAACCAGAAAAAAUUGAUACCUAUUGGUCGGAAAGUUGAACGACGUGAGAAGCGUCGAGAAGAGAAGGCGUUGGUGGCAGCGAAACUUGAUAACGCCAUUGAAAAGGAGCUUUUGGCGAGACUCAAACAAGGCACAUAUGGCGAUGUAUACAAUUUCCGACAGGAAGCGUUUGAGCAAAUGCUGGACAACGCCGAGAAUCAACUCGAGAUUGAGCAGGAGAUUGAGCAAGACGAUCCCGACACGGGCGAGACGCAAUUCGUUGCCGAUUUCGAGAGUUCUGAUGAUGAGGACGCCGGCGACAUUGAGGAUGGUGGGCAUUGGAGCCCGCCGGAUACUGACAGCGAGCAGGAGGAGGAUGAGGCGUGGAGAAUGGAGGAGGAAGAUGAUGACGACGAUGACGAUGAGGACGACGACGAAGCGAUGGAGCCUCCGGUGAAGAAGGCGAAGAAGGUGUUGAAGCCGAAGAAGAAGGAGGAGAAGCCGAAGAAGAAGCCGGUGAAGAAGAUAAAGAAGCGUGCUCAUAUUGAGAUUGAUUUUGCUGGGGAGAUUGCCAUGGAUUCACCGGCUUGGAUGUUCACCAAGGCGUUGAGCCACCGACAAAAGGUGGCCCGCCUUUAUAAGCGUUGUCUGCGCGAAGUCGACAAUUGGUACGGCGGAGACAAUCUCGAAGUGCGCUUCCAGAAAUGCAUUAUUCGCGCUCGUUUCGACGCCAACAAAGACGAGAAGGACACGCGAAAGAGCCAAUUGUUGCUCGCCGACGGUUGCCGCCAAUUGUGGGAGAAGCGUCAUUUCAAGCCGUUCCGUUUUGCGCUCGAUCCCGGCGGCAGUAGCUACGAUCGCGAGCGCGAAUCGCCCGACGAGAUUGUCGAUUCGGAUCAAUGGACGUUGGCCGAACGCGAGCAGUUCCCGUAUUAUUUCAAUACGCGCGAGCAACGCAAAAAGGAGCUUUUGGCGCAUUGGGCGAAAAUUGAGAAGGCGUGGGAUGCGGAGAUCGCCGCGAUUCAGACGAAAUUGCCGACUAAUUAG